CAAAAACCCUAAACCCCGAUCCUUCUCCCUCCCGCUCCAAUCCGCUAGGGUUUACGCGCAGCCGCGCCUUCGACUCCCCGAGCGACCACGAUGAAGUUCUGGGGUGUGGAAGUGAAGCCGGGACAGACAGUUUAUUGCGACCCUGGUGAAGGGCGUGUUGUUCAUCUCACACAGGUUGCCCUGGGUGAAACAGAGAAAAGAAGUGUCGGCAUACCAGUAUCUGCUAAAAUUGGUGAUCAGAAGGGGGUCAUUGGAACUCUGUCGGCUGAAAAUCACCCUCAGAUUCUUUGUGAUUUGAUCUUUGAGAAACAGUUUGAGCUAUCACACAGUUCAAAAACUGCCAGUGUGUUUGCGUGUGGUUACAAGAUUCCCAAGCAUAACUGCACGUCUGAUUCUAGCGAAUCUGAUUCUAGGGAGUUUGAUUCCAGCGAGUCUGAUUCUAGCGAAGAUGAAGUGGAAACUGUAAACAAUCAAGUGGCCAAUCCUAUUGUUGGCAAUGUGGCAAAGCCUCCGACAACAAAGGAUGAUAAAAAGGUUACAGAUAACCAUGACAGUAGUGAGGAUGAUAGUGAUUUUUAUUCUACAGAUUCAGAUGAUUACGACGAUGAUGGGUACAGUAGCUUAGAUACCGAUUCUGAAGAGGAUGGUACCAGUAGUGAAGAGAUGGAUACCAGUAGCAAAGAGGAGGACAAAGACAGUCCUAAGCCUGAGGAUGGCAAGAAAGCGGUGGCCGAGACUGCCUUGAAGACACCUGCCUCUGACGACACCAGUAGCAAAGAGGAUUCAAGUGAUGAGGAAGACAAAAACACUCCUAAGCCCGAGGAUGGCGAGAAGACGGUGGCCGCCGAGACUGCCUUGAAGACACCUGCCUCUGACGAUACUAGUAACAAGGAGGGUACAAGUGAUCAGGAAGACAAAAACACUCCUAAGCCUGAGGUUGGCACGAAGAGGGCGGCCGAAACCGCCUUGGAGACGCCUGCUCCUGACAAGAAGGCAAAGAUUGAAACACCAUCUGGCCAGGACACAGAUGACAAGAAGACUGUCCAUGUGGCAACUCCCCAUCCAGCAAAGCAGGCCGACAAGGCGCCUGGGAACAGCAAGCAACAUCUCAAGUCCAAAUAUGUCGGCGGCGCCCACGCCUGCAAGUCGUGCAGCAGGACAUUCGGCAGUGCUUCGGCGCUCCAAUCCCAUGAGAAGGCGAAGCACGCUUGAGCUGCUGCUACUGGCUGGUGACAGCAUGUUGCUGAUGCUGAUGCUGAAGCUCCGUCUCCAACUUCUAUACUCUUGUCAGCCUUAGAUUAGUCUUAGGAAGUACUGUAUUGCAUAUGGUGUUGGUUCUUGUAUACCCAGUUUUGUGCCGUUCAUAUUUUUUGGCGAAUCUGAUAGCUACUGAGAUAUCGGUUAAUAUUCGGGAAAGAUAUUGGUUGGUUAA